UUGUCAAAGACCACACUAUACUGUAACAAAAAUGGAAGCUAUCAAGAAAAAGAUGCAGAUGCUGAAGCUAGAUAAGGAGAAUGCCAUUGACAGAGCAGAGCAGGCUGAAGCAGACAAGAAGGCAGCAGAGGACAAAUGCAAACAGGUAGAGGAUGAGCUAAUGGCCCUGCAGAAGAAAUUGAAAGGAACUGAAGAUGAAUUGGACAAAUACUCAGAAGCUCUUAAAGAUGCCCAGGAAAAACUGGAGCAGACUGAAAAGAAGGCAACAGAUGCUGAAGGUGAAGUGGCAGCUUUGAAUAGACGCAUCCAACUAGUGGAGGAGGAGUUGGAUCGUGCCCAAGAACGCUUGGCCACAGCCCUGCAGAAGCUGGAGGAGGCAGAAAAAGCAGCUGAUGAGAGCGAGAGAGGUAUGAAGGUUAUUGAAAACAGAGCAAUGAAGGAUGAAGAGAAGAUGGAAAUUCAGGAGAUGCAGCUGAAAGAGGCCAAGCAUAUUGCUGAAGAGGCUGAUCGCAAAUAUGAAGAGGUUGCCCGUAAACUGGUCAUUCUGGAAGGUGAACUCGAGAGAGCUGAGGAACGUGCUGAGGUGUCAGAACUUAAAUGCAGUGACCUUGAAGAGGAACUAAAGAACGUUACUAACAACCUGAAGUCCCUGGAGGCUCAGUCAGAGAAGUACUCUGAAAAAGAGGAUAAAUAUGAAGAAGAAAUCAAGCUUCUCUCUGACAAACUCAAGGAGGCUGAAACCCGUGCUGAGUUUGCAGAAAGAAGUGUUGCUAAACUGGAAAAGUCUAUUGAUGAUCUGGAAGAUGAGCUGUAUGCUCAGAAGCUAAAAUACAAAGCUAUCAGCGAGGAACUUGACCAUGCUCUUAAUGAUAUGACCUCUUUGUAACUAGCAACUCUCCUAGCUUUGUUCGAUGCUUUUUAAAAAUCUUCAGCCUGUAAUACCGACCUCUGCGUGCAAUCCUUAACAUCAAACUUGUAGCUUGUUCUGUAAAAACUGAUUGAAAUAAAAACAAGUUUAUCUUGCUGCCUGUGAACAAA